AUGAAUCAAGAGUUUGAAAAAGCUUCAUUGAGCUUUUCAAAAGCCCAGAAUGAAUUGAAUGACUUGAUUUCCACUAGACAACAACUAGAAACUCAAUAUCAAGAGAACAAGAUUGUUUUGGAUGAAUUUUCCUACUUAAAUGAAGAUAGUAAGAUCUUCAAAUUGACAGGUCCAGUUUUAUUACCACAAGAUUAUAGUGAAGCAAAGAUCAAUGUUGAAAAGAGAAUAGAGUUUAUCCAAGAAGAAAUUAAGAGAGCAGAAACCAAAAUUCAAGGCCAACAGAAGAUAAUUGAAGAGUCUAGAAACACUUUAAUGGAUAUAAGGCAAAAAAUGAGUAAUUAA